AUGGACCUCGCCGAAGCACAGGCCGCCGCCCUCUCUGAGGGCCUGGUGCUCGUGCGCUGCCUUGGCAACUCAACAGGAUUCAAGGGUGUUCAAGCGGAUGGCAAGGGGGGGUUUCGAGGCUUCUACACGCACGGGUCGAAAGGCCGAAGAUCGAACCGACAACUUCGUUCGGUGGGCUCCGCCAACGAAGCCGCGCUCGAGCUCUCGCGGAUGCUCCGCUGGACAGCUGCUUGCCAGUGCCGCGUCUGCGAUCCGCCGGCCCCGCUACCGGCGGCACGGGAAGAGGCCGCUGUCGUUGCUGCAGCAGCUCAGGCGGACCUCACGCUCGCAACGUGCGGCAGUGCGAACGGGUACAAGGGAGUGGACCAUGUAGAAGGCACCAACCCAAAGCGCUUCCGCGUGCGUCCGGAGAUGAUCGCUCGGCUCGGACUCGAGCGGCCGCCGCGGGGCUUUAGAACCGCGCCUGAGGCCGCGUUCUGGAUCGCCGAGCGGCUCGGCCCGGAGAGGUCGGCCGACUUUGCGGCGGGCCGUGCGACCUGGGACAAGGACGAGAUCGACGACGCGCUGCUGCAGACCGCCGACGGCCAGGCCUUCGGUGGCACAAUGUCGAGGUCUCUCUUCGGGGGAUUCGCGUGCGACUCCUGCGCUUUCAAGCCCGCGGGCGAGGGUUGCGGGCUGCUCUUCCGCUCCGCGCACGCGGCGCGCCUCCAGGGGCAGCGGUGCGAGGAGGCUGCGUGGGCGGGCGACGCAGAUGCGUCGUGGGACGUGCGGCACCCACACCGCGGGCCAGGCGGGCGGUUGAUCCCGGACGGCAUCUACCGGUGCUCGCACCGCACCGCCAACGGCACCUGCUGCGCCUUCGCGCUAGAGGGGAUCCCGCUGUACGGCAACUUCGACCACUACAAGUAUUACGGGUGCCAGGAACCUGCGCUGGCCCUGACGCGGGCGGUUGAGGCGCACGACAGGUCACACGCCGACAUGCCGCUCACCGUCGAGGAGUGCUACGAGGCUUGUUUCGCGGCGACAUGCCAGGGCUACGAACGCAAGUACGAGCUGGAGACGUCGGCCGACAACGAGUCGGGCUUCGCGGGUGUGUCGGUCCGCCAAGGAGGCAAGAAGCGCUACCAUGUUUUCGAGGUUGAUGGCAUGUUUGCCACCGCCCACGAGGCCGCCCUCGCCCGCGCCAAGGCGCGUACCAAGGCGCGGAAGCAGCAGGCGCGGCACGAGGUGCGCUCCUCGCGUGCGGCCACUCUCUUGCCUUGA